AGUGCUACUAGCACUUACAUUUGCAGCGUUGUCCUUGAUUUAAAAGAUCUGGUUUGACACACUUUACUGAGGCAUCCUCACUUUCGGACUGCCAAGCAUUUCUGUUCAACUUAUACAUUUGACACAUUUUCACGUGCUAUUUUGCUUUGCCUUUCACUUCUUUGCUGGCAAGAUUUUUAUUUUACCAAGUGCAAGCUGGGGUAUUCUUGUUACAAGCUUUGAUUUUUUUUUUUUUUGGGUAUCCUUUCCAAUUAGUUUCAUAUUCAAGUUUUCAUUCUUGUUACUUUUGUUUUGAUCAAAAUAAGUGUUCUUUUGAGAUGGGCUAAUCAGGGAGUGGAUUUUUUAAUUUCUUUUUGACAAAUUUGGAUUCUUUUAAGUAGGAAACUUCCAAUGAGCAUGAGAUCAUGUUCUGAGUUUGAUAGAUGGGUGUAUAUUGCGUGCUGGAAAAAUAGAAAAAACGAGGAGGAGAAUGAGAGGUGGGAAAGAUGAAAAGAAGCAGAUGGAUCCUCUAUUUCCAAGGCUACAUAUUAAUGACGCAGAGGGAAUAGGACCCAGAGCACCUCCGAGAAACAAGAUGGCUCUCUGUGAACAAGUUAAUGCACCUUCUCAGAGGUUUUCCUCUGGAUCGAUGUCACUGAGGACGCUUUCUUCCCGCACUAGAACCAACUCGGAUGCUUCUCCAUUGCUGAAUCAUGUUUCAUUGUUCUGCAGCUCGCCUAAGUGUUCGCAUAUGGCCGAGAGACUUAAGUCUAAUUCUUCUGCUGGGAUGAGUUUAAACACAAAAUAUUCUGAACUCCAGAUACUGAGUUCUGGCAAUUUUCAAUCAUUUAGUGCUAGAAAGCCUUUGAAAAUGACAGCUGAGUAUACAUUGUUUAGGCCAUGCGACUUCUUCAACUCCAUUACCUCUUUCGCUAAGAAGGAUGGGAAUAAGGAUGACAUUAGAAUUCCCUAUUCUGACCAAAGAGAGAAGACUUUCAAUUGUAGCAGUGUUGGAUUUAAGAUGCAGAAAGAGAAAGUCAGUUCUUCAAGUUUGGGCUUUUCAGGGAAACCUGAAUCUACUUUCGAAAGACAAGAGAUGGAGAUGGGGAUAAAUGAUGCCAAGUCGAGGGAACAUCCAAGAAAUCAAGCUGAAGUUAGCUUUAAAGUAUCUGAGGUGAGUGAUGGCAAUUUUGAAAAACUUCCUGAUCAAUUCACAGAAGAGAAUAUUUUGGUAGAUACAGCACCAAGUGUUGUAGCAGUAUAUGGAACUUGUGGGUCUGGUAGAAGAGCAGUUGCACCUAUAAACCAUGCAAAGACAAAUGACUUGGUUAAUGAUAUAAGCACGUCGCAUAUUACCUGUGCUCAAGCACAUCAAGAGUGCAGAAAUUUGCCGAUAGGCACUGAUAUAGAUGACAAUAUCUCAAAGAAUCCUGAAAGGCACUCAAGGAAGAGAAGUUUUUCGUCGCAGGAAUCUCUAUCAUGUUCCAGUCCACCAACUGCAGAAAAUAACAGAAUUCCAAAGAGGCUUGAAUCUGUCAAUGAGCGUCCUAAAGGUAAUCAUUGUGCAUCACGUGUAGGAAAUGAUGCAAGACAUAUUGCCAUCUCAGACAACUCGGUGAUGGAUUCUAAAUCAGGUUUACAUGUAUCUCCUGAUGAUGUGGUGGGAAUGAUAGGUCCAAAGUUUUUCUGGAGUGCUAGAAGAACCAUUGCUCAUCAACAAAGGAUCUUUGCACUGCAAAUAUUCGAGUUACAUAGACUGAUAAAGGUACAAAGAUUGAUAGCUGGAUCACCAGAAAUGUUUUUUGAAGACAGUGUCAUCUUCACCAAGCCUUCCAUCGACCGCUCUCCAGAAAAGAAGUUCCAGCUGCAGAAUUUUCCAGAACUACCAUCUCUAUUUCUUAAACCAAAAGUUGAUGCUCUAAAUCCCAAACCCUGUUUGGACCAUGUAGCAGAGGAAGCACAUGGAAAGCUGCCUCCUCCAGCCUAUGAAACUGAGAAUCGAUAUGAUACUCCAAAGUCCCCUCUCAAACCAUAUUCAGGAGUAACACCAAUGACUUUUGCAAUUGAAGCCAAAUUUGGACCUUGGUGUUUCCCCGCACCCCCGGGGAACCAGUGGUUAAUUCCUGUCAAGUCACCUUCCGAAGGACUUGUUUACAAGCCCUAUGCAGGACCUUGCCCGCCAACUCUUGGUUGCAUUGCACCAAUUUAUGGUGGUUGUGGCACCAUGUGCUUAACUAGAAUGGACGCAGAGCAUGUCAAUUGUACAGCCUACGGUAUCCCAGCUUCACUUGGUCGCUCCUGCUGCUUUCAACCACAUGCUCUGCCAGUGAUGAACACAGAAAAUUCAAGUUCAGCCGCCGAGCAGACAAGCCCUUUUGUCACAGGCCGCUCUAGUAGGCCGGAUAAUCAUCGUGUUGCAACGUAUGACAUCAACUACAUUAUUCCAUAUCGAAGCUUAGAUGCCAUUACGAGCCACAGAACUGGGAUCAUGACUGAUUCUACUAGAAUCAUGCAGGUUUCGAAAAGCUGCAGUGAUUUUCCGGGCAGUACUGCUAGCAAUCUUAAUGAGAGGGUCCAAGCAGAUGAGCUGUCUCUUUUCCCCAUGACACCUACACUUCAAAGGUCAAAACACCCCAUCCAGAAUAACAAUAAUGAGCAACAAAUACAAGUGAUCAAGGUCGUGCCUUACAAUCCCAAGUCUGCAUCUGAAUCUGCAGCUCGCAUUUUCCAGUCCAUCCAGGAAGAAAAGAAACAGCAGGAGUAGUUCAUAAAUUAAAUUUAAACCACCUAUUGUCAGAGUAACGUUGCAAAGAUUGUGUCCCUAACAGAAUGCAAAGGAUUUUGGUUUGUUAAUCCCUAUAUAAAAUCCAAGGUUAUAAACUGUACAUAUACACUCAUGCAAGAACCAGUUGGAUUUUUUUCCAUAUCUUGCUUCCUUCACUUUUAAUAGGCUCACAUUCCCUUCCCUA